CAAAGCACUCACUCUUCUCCAGAUCCGAAACUCUCCUCCUCCUCCCCCUCCUCCUUCCUCUCUCCGAUCAUCGCCUCCGACGAACCUCGCCGCCGAUGCCCGUGCCGCCGUCCGAUGGGAGUUCGUGAUCUCGCUCUCUGGCUGAGCGAUGCGGCGUGACCCUCCUCGCGAAUUCCCCAACUCUGGCAGUGCCAUUUCGGACCUCGAGAUCCCUGGUGCCCCUCUUCUCUUGUUCUCUCUGCUCUUCCUCCAGGGCGGAGGUAUGGAUCUCUCCAGGGUCGGCGAGAAGAUCCUCAGCUCCGUCCGCUCCGCCCGAUCCAUUGGCCUCCUCCCCCCUCCCCCAUCUGAUCGCCCUGAGGUUCCAGCUCGGGCAAUUGCUGCAGCUGCUGUUGCUCGAGCCCUUGCUGGCAUCCCCCCGCAUCAGAAACUUGCCCUUCCCUCAAAUUCUCUAGAUUCAGCUUCUAUAUAUGCUAGCGGACCUCAAGGUCAAAUAACAGAAGAGCUUGAGGAAGAAUUUUACGGAGAGGAAUUCGACCCAGUGAAGUAUGCUUUGGAAAACAUUCCUUCUGAAGAAAAUGAUGCUAACUAUUUUGAGACGAAGGCAGCUCUUCGUUUAGCUCAACUUGAUAGGUUGACAGAACGUUUAUCCCGCCAUGUUAUGGAGCAUCAUGAAGAAAUGGUGAAAGGGAUGCAGUUAGUGACAGAAUUGGAACAAGAUCUGAAAGUUGCAAGCGUCAUUUGCAUGAAUGGGCGAAGACACAUAGUCUCUUCAAUGAAUGAGGUCUCUAGAGACCUUGUUGUGAAUUCUUAUUCCAAGAAGAAACAAGCUUUAUUGGAUAUGCUUCCAAUUCUAGGCGAGCUUCGCCAUGCAGUGGAUAUGCAAAUGGAACUUGAAGCUCUUGUUGAAAAGGAAAACUUCUUCCGGGCAUUUCAAGUAUUAUCAGAAUAUUUGCAAGUUCUGGAUAGUUAUUCCCAGUUGUCUGCAAUUCAAGAAAUGGGCCGCGGUGUAGAGGCUUGGCUUGCCAGAACAUUACAAAAGCUAGAUGCACUUUUAUUAGGAGUUUGCCAGGAGUUCAAGGAGGAAAGAUACGUAACUGCAGUUGAUGCUUAUGCCCUAAUAGGGGAUGUUAGUGGUCUUGCUGAAAAGAUACAGAGCUUCUUCAUGCAGGAAGUUCUAUCUCAAACACAUUCUGUGCUGAAGGACAUUGUACAUGAGGAAAUUGCAAAUAAUGCUCAGAGAAAUAGAUUUACCUAUAGUGAUCUUUGCGUCCAAAUACCUGAAUCUAAAUUCCGCCAGUGUUUGUUAAAAACUCUGGAUGUCUUGUUUAGAUUGAUGUGCUCGUAUCAUGCAAUCAUGUGCUUUCAUCCAGAGAAAAUGGAAGAUCUGAAAAAGUUAAACAAUGAGGACGAUAGGAGCUAUCAGGCUCAUUAUGCAAAUGAAGAAAUUAAUGACCGAAUAAGAGAGGGUGAAUUUUCUUCAUGUUCUAGUCAAAACUUGGAAGCUGAACCAUCAUCAGAAGAUAUCAAUCGGUCAAAUGAUUUAUGUGAUGGCAAUAUGACUGAUAAUAUGGGCUCCACAUGCUUAAAUUCUCAGACAUCUCUUUAUGCAACUGAUGUUGAUACUGCUACAACGAGUGUUGAUUCACCAUUCAAUCUGCUGAGAAAAGAUGCCACUGCAUUUGUUGCACAAACAUUACAGAGAGGGAGAAAAAAUUUAUGGCAACUUACGACCAGUCGUGUUUCUGUCUUGCUCUCGUGCUCUGCUGUUUCAUCCACUAGCACUUACCAGUUCUUGAGGAACUAUGAAGAUCUUAAUGUAUUUGUUUUGGCUGGUGAAGCAUUCUGUGGAGUUGAAGCAUCUGAAUUCAGGCAUCGAUUGAAAAUUGUCUGUGAAAAUUAUGUGGCAGCCUUCCAUAAACAAAAUAUAUACGCUCUUAAAAUGGUUCUGGAGAAGGAGAAUUGGGUGAAAAUGCCUGCAGAAGCAUUGCAAUUGAUUAAUUUGGCUGGUCUUACUGGUGAUGGCGCUGCCUUGAUUGCGCCUUCUGGUGGUGAUUCUCUGACAAGAUCGAUGCUACGCUCGAAGGAUCUGAGUCAGCCUGUUGUAAAUGCCAAACAGAAGGAUGGAUUUUCUUAUUGGCUUAAUGUUGAAAGUCCAUUUUCCCAUAAGGUGACAUCAAACUCCCAGGAGUCACCAACUGCACACAUAUUGCUAAAUGGAUCGCCAGAUGCAAGUUUAAGUGAUAGAAACAUUGUUGAUUUUGUAAAUCAUGAUAGAACUUCAGCAAAACACAAUCAGAGAAAUCAAAUGAAUGGUGGUGUUUCUGUUUUGGAAGAUGAAGAUGAAGAUCUUCUUGCUGACUUUAUUGAUGAAGACAGUCAGAUGCCUAGUAGGAUCUCAAAAUCUUUGCAUCCAAAAAAUAAUGCAGCAAAGUUAAAUGAUGAGGAAAUUACUGCACAAACUGGGUCCUCACUUUGUUUAUUAAGAUUGAUGGACAAGUAUGCCCGGCUUAUGCAGAAAUUAGAAAUUGUCAAUAUUGAGUUCUUCAAGGGCAUUUUUCAGUUGUUUGGCAUCUUCUACCAUUUCGUGUUUGAAGCAUUUGGUCAGCGGGACAUAAAUCAAUCAGGAAAUCUAUCUUCUCGGCUUAAGAUAGCUAUAUCCAAAAUUAUGCAAGAGUGCGAUCAGUGGAUCAGACCUCAGCAUUCUCCUACUGCUUCCUCAUCUUCAAUGAAUACUCCAUUCACACAGAUGGAUGUGAUGCCAACUAUCCCUUCUAGCACAAUAUAUGGUCAUGCACCGAAUACUUUGUUUGGCUUGAAGGAGAGAUGUGCUGCUGCUGAGACUAUAUCCCUUGUUGCUCGCUUAUUGCAUAGAUCAAGAGCUCAUCUCCAGUCAAUGCUUGUACAGCAUAGUACAAAUUUGGUUGAAGAUUUCUUUGGAUUGCUGGUGGAUUCUGUUCCAGAUUUGGUUGAGCACAUUCAUAGAACCACGGCACGAAUGCUUCUCCAUAUUAAUGGGUACGUGGAUAAGAUCUCUAAUGCUAAGUGGGAGAUCAAAGAGCUUGGAUUGGAACAUAAUGGAUAUGUUGAUUUAUUGUUGGGAGAGUACAAGCAUUACAAAACAAUGUUGGCACAUGGUGGAAUUUCUAAGGAGGUUCAGAAUGCCCUACUAGAAUAUGGACUUGAGCAUGUUGCAGAAAUACUCAUCGAAGGACUAUCACGAGUAAGGAAAUGCACUGAUGAAGGACGGGUUCUAAUGUCAUUAGACCUUCAGGUCUUAAUCAAUGGUUUGCAGCACUUUGUCCCUGUAAACGUGAAGCCAAAGUUGCAAAUGGUAGAAACAUUUAUCAAGGCCUAUUAUCUUCCAGAGACUGAAUACGUUCAUUGGGCUCGAGCUCAUCCCGAAUACAAUAGAACACAAAUCGUCGGGUUAGUUAACCUUGUCGCCAACAUGAAAGGAUGGAAAAGGAAAACAAGGUUGGAAGUUUUGGAACGCAUCGAGUCAAGCACAUAAGGUGUUUCUUAUACUUGUAUUAUAUAUCUAAGGGAUGUAAAAUUUUCGUUUUCAUUUUUUUUCGAUAAUUUUUUUUCGCCCGCUUUUUCACUUGCAAUGUAAAAUAGGGAUCUCAAUAAUGUUACAUCAUCUAUGCAGUUAUUUUCUGCUUU